GACUCGUUAAGCCACGCCCACGAAGUAUUUGGCGGGAGUUUGGCGGGUGAAGGUAUAUACUGUUUUUCGAUUUGACUAAAGAACGGCAGGUCUGGAGAUGAUAUAAAAUGGCGCGAGGCAAGCUAACAGAGCCCGGAGACUGGCACUUCAGCCGCUCGAGGUGUGUGACGUCAUUCCCCCAGGAUCUGGACCAGUUGCUGCGGUGUCCGAUAUGUUUCGAGUACUACGAGGCGACCAUGAUGUUUCCACAGUGCUCCCACAACUUUUGCUCUCUGUGCAUCAGAAGGUACCUUUCAGGUGGGAAAACCAAAUGCCCCAUGUGUGCCAAGUGUGUAACAGAAGGAGAUUUGAAGAAAAACAGACUUGUGGACCAACUUGUUGAGCAUUUCAAGAGUAGCAGGGAAGCUUUGCUGAGCCUAGUUCAGAGCAGAGGCGACCAUCGCGCGAAAGAGACAGCGAAAAAGAAAGAGGGAGUGAAGAAGAACUAUCAGGAAACUUCUAGCUUGCCAAUGGCCAACACACGCUGUGGUCACCAUGGAAAAAGGCGGCUGUAUUCAGUUCCCGAGGCACCCGAUUUGCCAGACUCAGAGGCAUUUGUUGAUGACAUCAUUUCUAGCAGUGCAGCCGUCAGUAGACGUGAGGAUGGAGAGGAGGGAAGAAGGGAAGAUGGGGAUUCGUCCGACACGGCCGAUGUUGCGCAAUCCCCGAGUUUUCUAUCACCGUGGCAACCGGGGGAUGUGAGGGAGAGGAAGCGACCGCAGCUAUUUGGUGACCUCGGUGAAAUAGGAGAGAUGAGGAAGAAGAGAGGGAAGGGGAAACUCCGCCAUUUUUCUACUUCAUCCACUCCAUCACGAUUACAUAAUGACAUCACUCCCUCCACAUCUUCCCCUCUCCCCCUUCCCUCCCCCCUCCCCAACCACUCACCUUCACUGAAUCACAACUCCAGCAUUGCUUCUUUGAAAACCGAACACUCUCCGUGUUCUGAUAAAGCCGCAUGUCCAGUCUGUGAUCAGUUGGUGUUGGUUUGUUUCAUCAACAGACAUCUAGACGGCUGCCUCAGAAAUCCCGACUCCUCCAACUCACAAACCCAGAGAAAGUACGCAAAGAUACCUCGGCUGGUUUAUCAGAUCAUGAAGGACAGACAACUCAAAUCGAAACUGAAAGAACACCACCUACCAACACAUGGUGAUAGACAGGUGUUGAUUGGUAGACUGAAAGAGUUCAUUUUGAGAUUCAACGCACAGUGUGACUCUCUCAAUCCAAGACCACGUGAGUUGUCAGGGAGGAGGAAGGAAGGGGGGAGAACGAGAGGGAGGAAAGGGAACUAGAGAAUGAGAGAGGGAGGAAAGGGGUGUUCUCGUGACCUCUGAUAGGGGACACCUCGAAUGAAGGAGACAAUGGAUGCACUUUGAGCCAAAGAAGUAGCGAUGGAGAUAGAGCAGGAGGAACGGAUGAGGCAGGCCAGCAGCAAACAGACUCAGCAAUCACCACAGGUCACCAGGGGGAAGAGAGAAAUGACAGUAGAAGAAAUAGAGAAAGAGAAGACAGACUAUGAAGAGCGACAUAAGGAUCAGUUUUCCAAGCUGAUAGUCCAGGCCAGAGAUCAGAUGAGAGAGACGGAGAGAUAUUGUGAGAGACACAAGGAACUGCUAGUCACUGAAGUUGGCAAGGAGAAAAUGGAGGAGAGGGGGAAAGAUUGGAGCAACCAAGUCUCAGACCUCUGUUGUGAUACAGCUGAUGAAGAUGGAGGUGUCUUGGCCAAAGCUAGUCCUGACCCAGAUCUCACUCCUCUGGCUAGCAGUUACAGGUCCUCUCACAGUGUUCCUGAAAGUCCUCCACAUUCUGAUGGUGGAUCGGCACUCCUUCGUGGAAAGAGAAGUCGACAAUCCACUCCCUCUCCUACCCUCUCCCUCUCCCCCUCGCCUACCCUCUCUUUAGUGGAGUGGAGCGACGAAGAAUUUAUUCCAAAUGUUGCCCACUAUCGGACGCCGUCUUCUUCCUCUUGCUCAAGAAGCCUGACCAGAACUGCUAGCAAGAGACCACGCAGAUAGACAACAGGCAUUGAGAGAGGGAACUUUAUCUAUAGUGUAUGGUUUUGAAACUUUUACUUUCAACGUCUCUUGGAUUACCAUUUGUAUGAACUACAGUGUUGUACAGUUCCUCUGGCAGUUGUUUUGUUUCUCUGUACUUUGUGAAUAUGUAAAUGAGCAUGACAAUGAUGUAUGUGAUUUUACAGAUAGAACAACAUUGGUGACAGAAAACCUGUGAUGACAUUAAUUACUACACAAUCCAUACAGUAAAAUUUCCAAUGAUACAAUUACACAUAUAUUAUAUAGAUUCAUGUAUGUUACAGGGUUUUGUUGUUUUAGACGAAAGUGGCAAAGUUUGGUUGACUUGAGGUCUUGGCGAGUUUUCGCAUUGCCCCGUGGACCUGCUGGCUAGUGCCCCUCCUAAACCCAGCUCCAGUCUCCGUGUUUCGAUCUGACAUUCUGCGAACUAGACCUCGUGUACAGUGGGUUUGCCUGUGAAGAAGUCAUUGUCUGCGAACCGCCGUAGCGAGCGUGGAACGAGGAAGUGACGUCCUGGGAACUGGACGCGACAGCCGCUGAAGCCAUGUGCUGGAGAGGCGAGGACGCUACUGGGGUCACGCUCUGAGGACUGGUGGUCCGAUAUUGAGACGCGGGGGUGGAGCUAAGUCGGAUUCGUUGCUGGGAAGACGGCCUAACCGGUAAUCGGCUGUAUCCGUUGGAGUCGUAUCCAGGCUGUGGACUUGCGGGGUGGGACCUCUUUCUCUCUUCGUCUCCAUCUCUCUGCUGUAGUCCGGUG